AAGAAAAAACACUCGUCUCCCCGGUCGGCUCCAAGCCUCCAACCCAACCACAGCGGGAGCGAGCACACGCGCGCGCUCCAAUAUCCAUGGAUGCCUGCUGCCUCGUCCGCCGGCAUCUUCACCCUCCGCUGCAGCUUCCGCCCCUCCAGCGUCUGACUCUAGGCCGCCGCGGCUUCACCAUCGCCGUCGCCUGCUGCUCGACCGCGCCGGACCACCACCGGGAGCGGCCGUGGGAGUCCUACGACCGCUCCAUCCAGCCCCACGCGGGCUCCGACCUCGCCCGCUCGCUCCAACUCCUCGCGGACAUGCAGGCCGCCGGGAUGCGCCCCAGCGCCGCCGCCUACGCGCGCCUCAUCCGUGCGCUGGCCCGCGCCGGCCGCGCGCUCGAGGCGGAGGCGCUCCUCCUCGAGAUGCGCCACCUCGGGCUCCGCCCGGACGCCGCGCACUACAACGCGCUCCUCGAGGGCCUCCUCGCUCGGGCGCACCUCCGCCUCGCCGACCGCCUCCUCCUCCAGAUGGCCGACGACGGGGUCGCGCGGGACCGGCGCACCUACACGCUCCUGCUGGACGCCUACGCCCGCGCCGGCCGCCUCGAGGACUCGUGGUGGGUCCUCGGCGAGAUGAAGCGCCGGGGGAUCCGGCUGGGCACCGCCGGGUACAGCACGCUGGUGCGGCUUUACAGGGACAGCGGCAUGUGGAAGAAGGCCACCGACCUCAUCAUGGAGAUGCAGGAGCUCGGGGUGGAGCUCGACGUCAAGAUUUACAACGGCUUGAUCGAUACGUUCGGCAAGUACGGGCAGCUCGCCGACGCGCGCAGGGUGUUUGAGAAAAUGCGUGGGGAGGGGAUCAAGCCGGACAUCGCUACGUGGAACGCUUUGAUUCGAUGGCACUGUCGGGUUGGGAACAUGAAGCGUGCCCUGCGAUUCCUUGCUGCUAUGCAGGAGGAAGGGAUGUACCCGGACCCGAAGAUCUUCAUUACGAUCAUCAGCAGGCUGGGGGAGCAAGGGAAGUGGGAUGAGCUCAAAGAGCUGUUUGAUAAAAUGAGGAAUCGAGGGUUCAAGGAGAGUGGUGCAAUAUAUGCAGUUUUGGUUGACAUUUACGGUCAGUAUGGCCACUCUCGCGAUGCCCAGGAAUGUGUAGCUGCUCUUAAAGCUGAAAACCUGCAGCUUUCUCCUAGUAUCUUCUGCGUCCUGGCGAACGCUUAUGCUCAACAGGGUUUGUGUGAACAAACUGUAAGUGUUCUUCAAUUGAUGGAGGAAGAAGGAAUUGAACCAAAUCUCGUUAUGUUGAAUUUGUUAAUCAAUGCUUUUAGUACGGCUGGAAGGCACUUGGAGGCACUAGCUGUAUUUCAGCAUAUCAAGGACAGUGGUAUGAGCCCAGAUGUUGUCACUUACACUACUCUAAUGAAGGCUUUCAUGAGAGUAAAAAGAUAUGAGAAGGUUUCAGAAGUAUAUAGUGAAAUGGAGCGUGCUGGCUGUACCCCAGAUAGAAAAGCUAGGGAAAUGUUGCAUGAUGCGUCUGUUACACUGGAACAAAUGGGAUAUUAUUGAAAUUGGAACCCCAGCAGCUCUGAAGUGGCUCUUAUGUUAAUGUCUAUAACUACAAGAACCCCUACUUUGCUAGCACAUGCUUGAUGGAUCUCUUGUAAAGUAAAAUAACAUGAGACAGCAAUUACUUUUCACACAGAAAGGUUCUAGUCCACGUGCUGUGUUUCGUGGAAUCUGGAGAAUCUCCCUCUGGCAUUUUCUCCAAUGGAGGUCGUUUGUUGUGGAGUAAUAAUGGGGCCAGCAAUCACAAGAUUCAGAACAACCGUGAUUCUUCCUCAGUUUUAGUUAGACUGGAGCUCUGAGGUCGAGCAUAAGUUCAAAUCAUCCGGCGCCUGCAUAUUUCUGGCUCCACAAUGCAGGUAUGCAAACAAACAAACAGCCCAUCGCUAUUACCUUCAUUUACGACGUAGGAUCACCUGAUAUGUGCUUGCCUUUGUACUGGAGUUCAGAUUUCAUAGUCGAGGAAACAGUUAAAGGAGACUUUCGGGGAUCUGGACAGGAAAAAGAUGGUGAAGUGUAUCAUAAGUUUGAAAUUCCAUUCGUUGCCCUCUUCCUGAACCACACUGCAUCGUGGUUUUCAGAAUAUUAGGUGUACUGAGCUUUGACUUGUAUAUCAUCAGGAUAGCUUAUGAAAACAAUCAUCUUUGGAAGUAGACAACUCAGAUGAUUCUCUGUAACCAUUUUCAUAGGGCUACUUUUUUUUGUCUUCACUUUACAUUCCCUCUGCCUCCGCCAAUAGGCUGUGAACUCGAAAUAGGAUCAAAUAAUUAGGUUAAGUGUCACUGUCCCUGUGUUUGUCUGUGUGCCGCAAUCUCUAGUAUUAUUCUCUCGCCCAACUUGUAUUUGUACUGAAUUUACUAAUAGGCAGAUUAUAUCUUUGUCAA